UUUUAUUGUAAUAAAAAUGCGAGUUUCCGGCGUGUUUAGAGUUCUAUCAGCUGACCGAAGAAGUGCCGAAAUACAAAAUACUUUCAAGCCUAUAAAAAUAUUAACGAGUAUAGUUUCUUUAAGUUAUUCAGGAUCAGGUCCUAAUACAAGUUGGCAAUUAUUCUGGAUAGUGUUUAAAGCGCUGGCUUCGGCAUCAGUUCUAGGGUUUAUGACCUUCUACUGUUUUUAUAUAAAAAUUCGCUAUCAAUACAAUGAUAUUAACCUUUCUAUUAAAUUAACUGACGCCGUACAAAUGUGCUACGAUUACAGUCAAUACCUAGUGGAUUUGUUUUUUGUGUUCAAGUAUGGCCGAGAGACAUAUGCAGAGUAUCAUAAACAUAUAAUAAAUAUCGAUCAAAUUCUCAUUACCACCAAUUACUCAGCUAUUAAAAGAAGACAUAUUAAAUUCAUAGCAUAUUUCAUUGUAAUUUGGAUAAUUACUUCAGCGUGUGACUUUGCCGCAUGGGCAUUAAGCUAUGGGACCUUAAUUCCAACAUUAUAUGCCACCAGUUACAUUUAUUUCCUAAUCAAGAUGUUCAGUACACUUGAUCUUAUGUCACAUGUUAUGCACGUAGAAUAUCGUUUGAAAUGUAUUGUGUAUCAGCUUCAGGAAUGCUACUGUGAUACUAAGCAGUUUCCAGGAGAUUUCAGCGACCCAAUUGGUAACAAACUUUGGUUCUAUUGUGAAAAUCCAUCGAAACUUGGCAACGAGACGCAGCCAGUCAGAACAUUGGCAGGGAAUAACCCUAAAAAUAUAAAAUGGCUGAGUAGAUGCUAUCUUCUUUUGUGUGAACAGUGUGUCUUCAUAAACAGCAUGUUUGGGACUAGGAUAUUACUGAACAGUCUGAGCCUGCUGAUAGAUAUGAUACGGUUUACUAACAUAGCAGUAAGACUGGUCACCGGAUCGCAGGUUUGUAUCAUUCUAUCAGGUAACUACCCCGCGGCCGCGAACAUUUUGCGUGUGGUGACGUGCGCGCUCGUGGUCGGCACGCUGGUGUCGCAGUGCGAGCGCGCGUACAGGCAGCGCGACACCGCACUCGCUGUCAUCGACCACAUUCUUGUCGGCAAGGAGCCUGAUGCUGAUCUAAGGUCAGAGCUGACCGUACUCCGAGGGCUGAUCCAAUCACGCCCCAUCCAGUUUCAUACUGCGUUCUUCUUCCGUCUUGAAUAUGGCUUUCUCGUGUCCCUAGUUUCCGUUAUGGUUACUUACACUAUUAUUUUAAUACAAAUUGUUAACUGA